GAAACCAGUUUCCAUUCUCCCAUUUCAGGAAGGAACGAGCUCAUUGCCCGAUACAUCAAACUACGAACGGGGAAGACCCGCACCAGGAAGCAGGUCUCCAGUCACAUCCAGGUUCUCGCACGGCGCAAGGCCAGGGAGAUCCAGGUGAAGCUAAAGGCUUUGCAUUUGGACCAGGUGGCCAAGGACAAGGCCCUCCAGAGCAUGGCCACCAUGUCCUCUGCCCAGAUCAUCUCUGCCACUGCCUUCCAGAACAAGAUGGCACUGCAGGGGCUGUCAAGGCCCGCCUACCCCACGGCUGGGUUCUGGCACGGACCUCUUCCAGGGCAGCCCGGUCCUGAAGACGUCAAGCCCUUUUCCCAACAGAGCUACGCCAUCCCGGCCCCCGGCCCGGCCCCCAUAACAGGUUACGAGAGCACAGCCGGCCUCUCCACGUCAGCCAGCGCCCCACCCUGGCAGGGCCGCAGCAUCGCAAGCUCCAAGCUCCGUAUGCUGGAGUUCUCCGCCUUCUUGGAGCAUCAGCAGGACCCUGAGACCUACAAUAAGCACCUGUUUGUGCACAUCGGCCAGUCGAACCCCACUUUCAGCGACCCAUACCUGGAGGCGGUGGAUAUCAGACAGAUCUACGACAAGUUCCCCGAGAAGAAGGGUGGACUCAAGGAGCUGUUUGAGAAGGGUCCUGCGGAGGCCUUCUUCCUGGUCAAGUUCUGGGCAGACCUAAGCACCAACCUUCAGGAUGACAGCAGCUCCUUCUAUGGUGUCUCCAGCCAGUACGAGAGCUCUGAGAACAUGAUCAUCACCUCAUCCACCAAAGUGUGCUCCUUCGGCAAGCAGGUGGUGGAGAAGGUGGAGACGGAGUACGCCCGCUUUGAGAAUGGCCGCUACAUCUUCCGCAUCCACCGCUCACCGCUGUGCGAGUACAUGAUCAACUUCAUCCACAAGCUGAAGCACCUGCCGGAGAAGUACAUGAUGAACAGUGUGCUGGAGAACUUCACCAUUCUGCAGGUGGUGACGGACCGGGACACCCUCGAGACCCUGCUGUGCGUCGCCUACGUCUUUGAGGUUUCGGCUAGCGAGCACGGCGCUCAGCACCACAUCUACAGACUCGUGAAAGACUGAGGCAUUGUGGGAAGAGUGACCCCCCCCCCCCCCCCCCUCCCCUCCCUGGACAGCAAGCAAACCUAGCCCCUAUCAGUGCACGCAAAACCUCACUCUCUUACAGGGCUCAGACACAUGGCAUUGGGUGCGAUUUUACCGGAAAGUCAAAGGAAGCCAGAAAAUUGGGAACAUUUUGUCAAGAAAAGUGAGAAUUAUGCCUGGAUGAAAAAGAGGAACAGGUCUUCAUAUUUUUUUUUUUUUACCGCAGAAGACAACUGCAAGACAUUGCAUGGACUGUUAUCUUUCAUUUAAUUUGCUUAGUGCUUGUUUGUUUUAGCUAGUGUCUUUUUACCCAGUUGCAUUGCAGCAAUACAUUGAAGGGAGCUGAUGAAAAGGUCCCACCUAGUGGUGAUCAUUUGCAACUACAGCACUACAGCGGAUAUUAUGAUAGGAGGCCUCCCCACCGAUUUCGCUACUACGUCCGCUCCCAACCUGGCAUCCCAGAACAUGCCCGUCUUUUACGUCUGCCAAAAAGGAAUCUUUGGAUGAUGAAGAAAAUGUAUAACCUUAUUUUGGUUGUUUUAAAGAUGUAAAAUAAUAUAUAACGUUAGUACCAUUGAAUGAAAAAUAAACGUAAAUUAAAUCAUUUUAAUUCAGCUGCCA